AUGGGGGCUAUCGCUGCUUCGGCUGGUUGGCUCAGAAACAUCUAUCGUGGCACCUACUUCCAAGCUAUUCUGCUCGGGCUCGUCAGCUUUACCCAGCCUGGCAUAUGGACCGCUAUCAUGAGUCUCGGUGGAGGCGGCCAAGCUGAGCCGUACGUGGUGAAUGCGUCCAAUGCCAUCUCCUACGGGUUAACGCUCACGGACAGUGUCGCGUACGGGACAUUGAGCAUCUGGCUCUUCUGGGCUCUCGGAACUUUCGACGUGGAAGCCGAUAGUGUAUCCCUGUCCAUGGGUCUGCUGCGUGCUGGCGAAUCGCUUGGGUCAGCUCUUUCGUACACUGUUGGCGCCACGUGGGACACUUCUCUUAUGGCAAACCUCAUUAUCAGCGUCGCCAUAUUCUAUGUUAGCACCCCUUUCACGGCUUGGUCAUCUCAUCUUAUCCAAGAUAGACUGCCUAACGAGUGCCUAUCGGAUUCGAUCAUAGAAGAUAUAGAGCAAUGGCAGGAGACUGAAGCGAAGCAGUUUGAAACCUCUCAGACUGCUCGUUCCAAGUCCACAAAGCCUUAUCCAGACAAGAAGCAACUCCAAAUAAAUACUACCUCAAUCCAGCCGCCCCGAAUGCCCUUUUCCAUAGCCGAUCUAAACAAAAGAGAUGAAACAGCAUCGAAAAUUCCCGCCCCCGCAAAGGGAUUCGGCGCGCUGUUCGGCGGAGGAGGCUACGCAGAGGUAAUCUGCUGCCCAUUAAGCGUCAUCUUCUGGUCUGGAUACGCUAUUAAUAAGAAGAUACAAAAGAAGAGGCAAGAGAAGAAGGCCCCGGCAACAGAAGCGGAGGAGGAGGCAGCAGUUGGAAACUCUGACCGAACCAACAGCAACAUGGAUGCGGAGAAAAUGACUGAAGGGAAUCGAGCAAGCUGUGUGUCCCCGAUGCCUAGUCCGAACAAGGGACCUGCGUCCGCUCCACUUGAUCCGACGCUUCAGGAGCAUCCGAACAACCCACGUGUGUGCGACCCCGAGUGUCCGGGUUAUGGAAAAGACUUUUGUCUCGCACAUCAAGGGAAGCGACCCUCGCGCCCUACGAGCCCUGGUCUAUUAGCGGUCUAA